GAAGAUAGUAUUACUUUAUAUUUCUAUGUGCGCACCGAUUUUAUAUAUAAGGUAAGCGAUCGCUGAAGUGAUUCACUUUGAAUUGAGGUGAUACUGAGAACAGAAAUACUUUCAAGCAAUCAAUCAAUAUGAGAAAACUCAUCGUACUUCUUUGUUUUGCGCUUCUGGCAAUGACUUUAGUCAUGGCCUGCAAAGGACCUGGAGUGAUAUGCGUAAGUGACGACGAAUGUUGCGGAGGAUUUGUCUGCAAUCCAUGGGCUGGUCGUUGCACUGGGGGACCUGGAUCAGGAGGACCAGGAGGGAUAUGGGGACCUGAAGGGUCCCCAGGCCCGGAUGUAGAAUGGCCAGAAAAGAAAUCUACUCAACAACCAUAAAUAACAGUUCGACCUGGAUUUUGUUGUAUAGAAUUAUGAUAUCUUGCAUUUAACGUAUAACUAUGUGCGAAUUUAUUCAAUAAUUGGAAAUAUAUAUUGCUUAGUCAUUGAACAAAAUA